AUGGAUCAAACAAAUACUAUUGAAGUUGAAAAUGACCACCAUGCUGGGGCACCUUCAAUAGUUUUGCAUAGUAAAUCCAAGAAAGUGGUGAAACCAAGAGAGAGUAGUUAUAGUAGUGAUGAGUUUGAGGGAUCGAUAGGAGAGAAACCAUCAAGAUAUGAGGUUUGGGGAUGGUAUCUGUAUGAGUUUUGUUCUUACUUUGUUCAAACUGUUCUUAUACCUGUGCUGUUUCCGUUGAUUAUUAGUCAGUUACAGAUUCUACCUACGGAUCCUUUUCAACAGUGGCAAAAUGAUCACCAGGGCUUGCUAUGUUCAGACAAAGAAAUUCAUCUUUACAGCACUCUCACAAAGAGAACAAUAACAGUAAACGGUUCACACUUCUCAUCAUUGGAAUGGACAUCAAUUGCAUGGGCUUCGGGUUUAACCCUAGCCAUUCCAAUUCUCAGCUUCAUCUCUUUCCACCUCAACAGCCAAUACCAAACACUCAUCACAGCAGUAUCCACAGGCAUUGGAGUUUUCUUCUGUCUCCCGGCAGGGUUCUUCAAAACAACCCUAAUCUUCAUUCCCUAUAUUGCUUUCAUUGUCUUAGCUAGCACAGUUUCAUCUGCAUCUCACACUCACCAUCUUGCUCUCAUGCUUUCUUCCUCUAAGAAAUCCAAAGUACUAAAAGUUUCAAGUUUCUUCUCUCUAUAUGCUACUUCCUUUGGUUGUUUAGGUUCAGGUGUAAUCUCUUCCUUCAUAUAUCAUAUGCUUAGAGAGCCUGAUGAUAGAAAUCUUUUUACCCUUUGGAUUGUUUCAAUCUUCAGUGGCUUAAUAUGGUUGGUUGGUGUUUUACACGCUGUUACAGCUAUAAAUAGAACAUCUUUUUCCACUGUUUCAUUCAACAAAUCAUUGUUUUACCCUUGUUCUAUAGUUAAACAUCCAAAAGCAAUAGGAGGGCUUUUUGGUGUUUUCCUAUCAUCAUUCACAACAAUGUGUAUUUUCACUGGUGCUGUUCUUUUCAUAGUUGGUAACCUUUGUAUUAGGCCAUUACACUUGCUUUAUUUCUGGUUAACUUAUUUCCUUUUCCCUUUGGUUUCUCUUCCACUUUUGCACCCUUUACAACAACUAAUAAAGGCUAGUUCUGUGAAAAUGAAGAUCAUUGGUUUUCUUUUAUCAAUGUUGUCAUCUGGUUUUGGAUUCUACUUUUGGAACAGUCAUUGGAAAUGGGGUCAUAUAUUGAUAUUUGGAGGGAUACAAGGGAUUGGAAGUGGAGUUUUGCAUGCAUUUGGAAGAGUUUUGGUUUUGGAAUGUGCUCCUAAGGGAAAAGAAGGUGUUUUCAGUGUUUGGUAUGGUUGGAUUAGAGCUGCUGGUUUGUGUUUGGGUUUCACAGUUGCUUCUGUUGUUCCUGGACAGAUUAAGACUUCUUUUGGAGCUGCUUUUGUUGCUGCACUUGUUGGAAUAGUUGUUCUUCUUUUUGGAAAUGUUGGUGAUGAUAGUGAGAGUGACUCUCAUGGCAAUGAUAAUCUUGGAUUAGAUUCUAAAGAAUCUGUUAGUGUUUAA